AUGUCAUUUGCCUACGCAGCGACUCCCGAUACACGAGGCACCACUGCUGGGUGCCUAGUGUGCGACCUCAGGAGCGAGAUAUGCGUACGCCCUCCCGGAACCCACGUCUGCAUCGAUUGCCACUACUUCCAGAUACAGUGCCAUGGGCAGGGGCCGACUCCAUCCGAGAUGAAGAGUCACUAUUCCUAUCAAGCUGCCUGCGAGGAGAUCUACGAGGCCAUUAACAAUGCGAAUUCCCGCAACACUCACGAUCGCUUGGCCGCGACCAAGAGAUUUUCGGAUUUACAAGAACAGGCAAAGCUGGGUUUAGCCAAUGCCCUAGUCACUCAAGCCCAAUGCCAAGGAACCCUACCCUACCGGCGGAGUGGCACGUCGACUCCUGCAGCCUCCUUUUCCAGCGCCUCGGGAAUAAUGGAAUCGACACCCUUUGAGCCCAUCCCCGAAUUCGCCCUAUCCCCUCUAUCCCCGGCCUACACCUCAAAUCCUAUCCUAGAUUUCGACUCCACGCCCGGGCCUGGACAUCUCAAUCCCAUGAAUCUCCUGGACGGCGCUCCAGAUUAUGUGUUGUAUCCCGGAAACUCGAGUUUGUCAGGGACCACCGAGCAGAACAUGCACAAUUCGGAAGAACACCCUCAUCAUCUAAGUCCACUGACACCUGCGUGCCUUGAUCCAUUCGCUGCCUCGUCACAAAUUCAACCCGACAUUCAUGUAAUCAUCGAGAGCUUGAGGCCGUUCUUGUGGCACUGCGGAUACGAGCUUGUUCGUGUCAAGUGA